CUCGUAUUGUUGAAAACAGAGGAAAAGAAUUUUUGGGACGUCGUCAAAAGGUGCUGAGGCCUCCAAUGAUCAUGAUCUGUACGUAGUUACUUCUUCGAAAAAAAAGGAAAAAUGGACCUCUACAUAUACCUCACAGAGCUAGAAUGGCGGCCAGUACUAGUACCUCAUUGAAUGUAAAUGGCUGUUGCAUUAUUGCUGAUAAUUGUCUGAACAAUGUCAAGCAGCACAAUGCAGAAUCUGAAAGGGCGCAAAGAGUUUAGCCUCUCGGCCAAAAGAAAAAAGGAGCUACUCCAAAGGAAAGCCAGUCGCCAAUCCGCAGAGGAGAAGCGCAGAGAUGAAGAGGAAGAUGGUAAUUUUAUGGCUUUGAUUAUUGUGAAAGAAAAUUUUUUCCCUCACGGUGGGUUCACAGCAAGUGCGACUACAUCCCCUUUGCUUCCUUUCAUCCUUGUUUUUCUUUUCAUCAUCAUGUUUCUUCCAUUUUCAACACAGCAGAUGUCACAGACCCGCAACGACGGCGCGGUCAAGAGCCAAAGGGUACUAUGCGAUCGAAGAGCUUACCCGCGCACAAGUACCUGAAGCCCGCUCAGAAAGGCCAUGACUCAGUAUCGUUCCGGGAUCAACUAAAGGCCUUUUUCAUGUGGCCUCGUUUAUGGUCGAAGCAUCGAAACAAGGUUCCAGGAAGUCAAGCCCCUAGCAACAUCGCAACAGAAGACGCCUGGCGCGAUGCAGUGGCUAGUGGAAAAAUAUUCCGGUAAUAUCUCGUUGAUUGCAAUGUGCUGUUGGAAUGGGUUGAUUAUCUUAUACUUUCAAGUUUACAACGACAACAAGAAGUAAUAAAUAAGUACUCAUUUUCCAUGCGAUGAUUUGGGUUUUCCUUUUCAUGGAAUGAACCUCCGCCUUUCAGUUUCAUCGAAGCUCAAGCUGCGGAGAUGCUCGCGCAACAGCAAUAUGAACGGUCCAAGUUGUCUCUACCACCUGCUGGGAAGCACAACAAGAUACCCGCAGUUGGAGAUGAGUGCGAAAACGAAAACAACAGUCUCAUUUCCACUGGAGGCGAUGGGCAGCAAGAUGAAACCUCGUUAAGAUAUAGUACUGCAUCACAGAAGGUGGUGGCGUCAGCGAGGAGCAGUGCUGUCGUGGCAGCAAAAGACGAAGGGGAGGUCGAUGAUUUUGGCCGUGGCGCUGUUCGUCGGCGUCUAAUAUUCGGACAAACAUCUUCAUCUGCAUCUUCAGGGUCGUCCAACAAUUUUGCGGGAACUGGAAACAGUAGAUCAUUAAAGCGGGAGAAAAGUAUAAGUACAGAAGAAGAUGCGAUUGCCAAUGCUGUUCCGUACGAUCGUAUCGACGCUUCUUCUGCAGGAAGCUCUGCGGUGAAUGUAGUAAUGAAUAAAGCAGCAGAAAAUACUUCUAGGAGAGCAACAAUAAACGAAGACAAUGGGCAGCAGGAGGAUGACUAUUACGAUAGUUUAACAAGUAGGACCGAGGAUUAUGAGGCUGUAGAGAGCGAAGCCGGAAGAUCGUUUCCUGACUCGGAGGUAGCAGAAAUUGCUGCGCUUGCUGCUUUGCCGUCCUACACGCGGACUGCUGUAGGCCAGCCUCUGAACAAACGAGGACUCAACAUCCAGAGCGUCGGUGCGUCUCAUCUCGAUCGCUAUGACGAGUCCGUUACUCUACGACUUCAGUCCGCCUCCUCUACUUCAUCAUCCGGAGGAGCUCCAGAUCAUGGACAAGAAGAUGAUCAGAGGAGACCAUCGCAACGGGGAAGAGCUACAACUACCUCCAUCUCUGGGAGAGACCUCCAUUUCGAGACCCCACUCCAAGAGAUAGUGCGCGGACGCGAAUCAUCCUCGAAAGACACUGGUACGACUCGCAGCACGGGAUCUUAAGGCUCCCCUAACCUCUGUUCCAAUGACUUACCUUUCAAUUAUCUCUUUUCCUAAUGCAAUCAUUAUUAUUGGUCUCAGUAAUCCAUCUCUAUACAUAGCUAUCCCGCAACCGUAUGCUCCCCAAAAAUACGUUAUACACGGGGAAGAUUGCGUCUGAGUUUGAGGCGUGUUCUUGAGGGAUGUAUUCUCCUGGGAAGAUGAACAAGUAGGGAGAGCAGGUGCAGGUCCUCUAAGGAUCUUCGGUUUCUGUUGUCCCGCCUACGUCAGGACUGCGGGCGCUACGACUCUACUCGGAAGAAUUUGGCGAGGAAAAUUUUGCUCUCGAACAGGAACACGUGGAAUUUUCGAGUUCGAUGAAUGCUAGAGACACGGUUUAUGCAGAGUCAGAGGACACUGUUCUUGGUGGACGAAACACCAAGACAUUGGAUUCAGAAGUAGCAAAAGUCUUUCCAGGAACACCAGGAGGUAGACUCUCUUCGGCUGCAUACCAACUUGCGCAGGACGAGCAAGACAAUCAAGAGGACGAAUCUGUGGUAGGCAACACAGGAGAUAGUUGCAUUCGAGAGGAAGCGGAGCGACGAUUAUCAUCUCCAUCUUCUAAUCCUGUUCUUCCGUCAUCGUCCGCUCACUCAUCCUCAUCCAGCGACUGCGACGUUGUCCCAGACGAUAGACGCAGUGUCAUAGGUAAUGCGAGCGUUCCUGGUGGUGGCAUGCUUGAGAACUACGACUUGAGGAGCCAUAUUCUUCGAGGACAGUCAGCAGAGGACACGGCUUCGUCUGGUGCCUCCUCGGUCGACGUUGGGAGCGACCGAGCAGUAUUGGCGGAUUCAACGACGGACUUUAUCUCUCUUUCGUCGUCGUCAGGCUUUGGGGGCAUAACAAGCGCUGGGUGCAGUUGUUCACCAAGCAGUGCUGCCGCAGAGGACGCAGAAGAUGGCCUAAUCCCUACUGAGGAAGAUCCCGUUAGAAAUAUGGAACAACUACACGUCGACGGUCGUGGGCAAGACGAAUACCCUGUUGCAGGACAAAGACUGUAUCACACAUCAUUGAUCUGCUCUGCGAUUGACGAGCCAGGCGAAUGGGCUGCAUUCCAGCUGGGUCGGUGGACGGAAGUGAGGACACCUGCUGACGCCGAAGAUGUUUUCAGAAAGGAAAAUGUUGACGCAGUUAAGGCUAUCUCGUCUUCUACUACAGUUUGUCCUUAUAGUAAGUAUGCUACCUCGUCUUCUACAGUUUGUCCUUAUAGUAUGCUACCUCGUCUAAGGUAUGUUCUUAUGCUACCUCGUCUAAGCCUAAAGCAUGUCCAUGUCCUCAACAACCAUUGUGAUCCUUCGAUGUUCGUCUGUUUCUACUUGAAAAAGUAGCUGAGCCCAAGAAUGUGACUUUCAAAGAAGAUGCGAAGUCGACACCUCUAAGGCCACUUUCUCUGCGGAGAGAAAGAUAGAGUCAUCACCUCUGCCUGACGAGAGCGAGGCGAUAUCAUUCGGGAAGAUGGCAGGUUCGAGAAACAAGCCUCGAGCAAUAGUGGCACCAGGAGGAGGAGCCAGUGAAAGAGAAAACGACUUCUACAACUACGUGAUAGACAAGAAAAUCACAGCGGCUCGAGGUAGCAUGAUUUUGCCUGGUGGAUCUGGUGGGUUUACAAAAACCGGUACAGGUGAAAGACAACUUUUAGAUGAAUUUGGCAACCGAGCCCGAGGAUCUUUGUUUCAUCUCGCAAGCAGUACUACGAAUGCAUCUUGUUCACAGCAGCAGCUUGGGCGUGAACAUCAAUGUGCCGCUGACAUUCAGCCUGCUCCUGAGACUUCGAUGAAAAGUGUUUUACGAGGACAUUCAUCGGUGAUCCUAGAAGAUACACAGGAGCUGCAAAGUAACAAAACUACAACAAAAGCAGACCAGCAAACGAGCAAACUAAAACUAUCUUUCAUGUCAUCACUGCGGACGGGAACGCAGUCCACUAUUGCCUCACAAGGAAGUCGUGAGUUUCCUUCCGCAACAAGCUCACCCGGCAACAGCUCUACAGUCACGCCAGGAGGAUAUGCUGAGCUUUCCGCGGACAUGACUUCGGGAGGCGGCACGCCAUGGGUCUCAGUCUCGGAGGAGGUGGCUGCUGGCCUAACUUCUGUGGAUCUAAUGCGGAACAGUAGACUCAAUGGAGGUGUCGACCGCGGAAGUAGAAGUACAAAUGCUAGUACUCCUGCUCAAGGGCCCUACAAGAACGAUAACGGAGGAGCGAGUGGUGGGAGACCGAUCACGACCACAGGUAGCGUCACUCCGAAAAUCAAUAGUUUUGACAUGUUGUCAUCUAUGCCGAACCAGAGAUCUAAUACGAGUAACUACAAGGCUUCUCGGAAUUCCUUUUCCUACGAUCAUUCUUCCACACAGCAUCAGUUUGAGCAAGGCCCGCUGAUGUUGCUGGUGAAUCAACAACAUGUUGGUUCAAAUUCUAGCCCCGCCGUUUUUUCAAGUCGGCCAAUGACACGAGGCAACUUUCGCCAACACCUAUCAAGAAGCAACUCUGCGUCAUCAUCCUCUGCGUUACUGUCACUUUCAUCAGAGAACAAGAAGAACAAUAGUGCUGCAGCAUUGCCUGCAACCGCAACUCCAAAGCUGUGCGCCGUUCCUGAAUUGUCCGGGAUGAAGAUGAACAUACUCGAACAGACAUCGUCUUCUGCAACAACAUUCUCUUCAAGGGAGCACUCAACAUUAUUUUUGCCUGAAGACCAUGACUACAUCGACAAUGAUCAACAUCGCACAUCACUACGACAAGGACCACAGUCACAGAGUACCAGGAAGAAUUCGCUUUUAUAUUCGCACAAGUUUGACUUUCUAAACACGACUUCGUCUUCUUGGUUGUCUUCUUCUAGGCCUGAGUCGCGCACACACCAACGUUUUCGAGAACACCGACAUUUCUCGUCGACAGGUCUUCGUACCGGUUCGCUGCUGGAGCGGACGCACAGACGUAUACUCGUUUCCCGCGGGAGCAUGCGUGCAAAGUCGGUCGACAGUUCUGGGAAUAUGCAGCAAGCUGACGAGGGCGAACAAGAUCGAGAUCUAGACGACCACGUGGAAGUAGGAGGUGAUAAUAACAAUGCAGCAGUGUUUGUUGACUUCUCCACCAUGGCCUACCUACAGCUUCAACAAAACGAUAAGAUAAACAACAACUACAAUGAAGAGACAACUACAAUGUUGAAAACGAGAACACACUCAAAGAACACGAGGAAAACGAGUCCGGCGAAGCGAAUCCGACCACCAUCUUUGCCAGCAGACCUCACUGAACAGCAAAGGGUGAACGCCAGAAGGGGAGGCAUUCUAAAAUUGAUGCGCCUUCGCAGUAGUAGAGGAUGGCGUCCAGAACUGUGGGAAUAGGAGGUGCCUACUAGUAUCGUCUCAACCAGAAUAACUGUCAUACUCAUACUAGUACUUACUCGCCGUCGCCAAAAACGUUUUGUGACAGAAUAUACAUACACGAAUGAAGUCACUAGCAUUACUGGUACUUCUAUUUUUGUCCACCCGCACUCGCUACUACUUACCCACCUUAGUACUUCAUUUCCACGACCCGAUGAAUCAACCUAGCCAACCUGUUGUUACCUAUAAAUAAAUGCAUUCCACCUUAAAGAACCAAUCAGAUGGAUCCAGUCAUCUAGUAGGUUCUCCAUGAGAUACAACAACAUGUUAAAAUUCAUUAGGCGUGUGAAGUCCGUGUCAUAUGAUGCGAUUCUCCUAAUGCUAUUCAAGGACAGGAGGAUAGGUAUAGGUGGAUCUUUUUUUGUUGAUAUCAAUCAUCAUGUUGUUUCGUAGUAACUAGGUGUACUGUGUUGAAGAACUCCAGCUUAAACUACAUGCAAUUGGAUUCAUAGAUAAUCCAUUCCACUAAGCAUAACGACUUACGCAGUUCUUACUCCUUUUGUCAUCAAAUGUAAUUCGAGCACGAAAAUAUGCCGUGAAACGAGACACCUUGAUUUUCAUCCGCUAAUGAUCGAUCGAAGAACUACUACGUACCUGACUAGAAAAAAUGAACUACUACUAGUCACGUCGACCACGUAGCUUGCACAGUUUUGUAGAGUUGGCAAAAAUAAACACGAGAUGAUUUUUUGUAAUGAACCGUGCUCAGAAGAUACUAGGAUAUUUCGAUAAGAUCAGGCAUUAAGCGUAAGACCCACACCCAUCGCAACACAGACACUGAACGUCAAUGCGGCAACUCCGAGAACCAUGUGAUGUACGC